CGUGCUGCUGUCAGGGAUUUCCCUGACAGCUCGAGUAGUUUAUAUGUGUGAGACAGUGAGGGAUGGUAUCUGUGUAACACUGACCGGCACUCUGACAGCAGCUGUACAGGAAUGAAACAAAGAGCACUGCAAACAGUGAUGCCUGUUAAAGCCUUCAACAUGCAGAGAGUGGUCCAGGUGGUCCAGCUGGUGCAGAUGGCGGCGCAGAAGAGCUGCAGAAGAGCCUGUGAGCUCUUCUGCUUCCAGUUAGACACUAUGCUGUGUGAGAAUGUCAACUGCUGCCCUGCUCAAAACCAUCAGCAGAAUGAGGAUAAAACUACACAAGUGGCACUCCCAAGUCCGCCCUCAACCAUCCUGAUUGUAAACAUUAGCAACUCAACCCUGAUCGACUGCGUCAUAGGUAACGACACCUAUAAAACUGGUGUGGCAGAAAGUCAGCCUUUAAUGCAGGAACCUGACCUCCACAUGCAUGAUCAGAGUUGCAGCUGCAACCAUGGAGAGCAGGGGACAGAGCACACUUCUCCUUUACCUGCUCCUCUCCCUCACUGUCCUGUUUCCCCAGAGGAGCCUGGCAUCAACAUCCACAGCUCCCACCUCAACUGUGUCAUCAUCGGAGACAACAACUACAUGCAUGCUGAGCAGAUCCACCGGUGUGAUGCUUUGACAGAGAAUACUCACAGUUAAGAUGCUGGAACCAGAGCAUUUUCAGCCCUUUUUGAUGAACAAAAUAACAUUUGAAAAACUUUGUCAUGUAUUGUUUACAUAUUUUCUGUUAAAUAGAGGAAUGGAUUAACCAACAGACAGUUGUAACACUCUUUACAUUACAUUUCCAUUUAGAGUGACAUCAGUAUAAGGAUCCAGCACGACGUCUUUGCUCUGGUUUAGAUGUGACUUGAAAGAGUCAAAGCAGGUGUCCAGAUGUCCUGUUUUGUAAUAUCAGAUAUUCUGCUCCUCUGUCAGACACAAGGACAUUAAGCUGAUAGCAGUUGGAAAUUUCACUUCUUUAUUUCCCACAUAGUUCUAAUGAGUCAUAUAUUUGUGACCUAAUGAACUUAAUGUAUUUUAUAAUGUGUCACUGCAUUGAUAAAUAGUAUUGAAAUACUGUGACUAAAUCCUUAUCAUAUCAUGAUAAAGGUGUUGACAAUAAAAUGUAUGACCUAUGGUCAUUAACAGUAGACUACUUAGUAGUUUUUUUUUGUUUUGAUUUCUUGCAUUUUCAAGUUUGAUAUUAUUUAUGUAAUAAAAAGUAUUUGAUCUUGCUCAGGUUAUACUUUAACAAAAAGUCUGUUCUUAGGACUGUGAAUCAAUAUGCUACCAUUGUGCCUGUUGAUACUUUCAUAUACAGUAAUGAUGAUAUGAUGUUGAUAUGUUCUAGUGUACCACUGAAUGUUUUUAUUUGUUACAGGUUUGAAAUGAGCAAAAAUAAAUGUUUAAUAAAACUAUUUCUUAGUUU